AAGGAGGCAGCCAGAGGGCCGUUUCAUCCCCCUGGAAACCAGGAGCCCCCUUGAUGCUGACGUCUGUGCCUACUUUCCCAUGCGGUUCUCUUGUGCGACUUUGAGGGGGGCUCCGGAGCGAUUUCGUGCCGUGCGCCAGCUGAGCGAGCCGCACAGGGCGGGAGGAUCUGACUGAGCGGUGGCAGAGGAAGCCAACACGGAACUCACAGUGCUGGAACUGGCUCCGGUCUCGCAUGCAGUUUUGGAAGUCAGCAAAAAAAACAGAAAUCAAAUUAACUCUCAUCUGCUGCUGGAGGAAGCUCAGCCCGGCUUCAUUACUAUGCGAGAGGCAGCAAGGAACCUAAUAGCCCAGCGUGCCUACUGUGUGGAUCUGAAGAUAAUGUAAGUUCCCAUACUGCUAAUUUUCUGGUUUGAAAUCAUGCUUGGCCACAGUGCCAUCAAUUUGAUGAGAAUUUCUAGCGUGGAAAGUUAUCUGCUGAUCUUCAGAGAUGUUUCCCCUUUCCUUUUAUUAAGGAAACAGCACAGUGCAAGCUGAAAUUCCUGACGGCAGCUGUGGCAAUUCAGCCCAAGACUGAGAACUCGAACGAGAAAUAUAUCCAAUUACUAUGGGAUUACCACUGGUUGUUUUUUUAAUUGACUUUCUCCGUACACUGCGUGCAUCCCUGCUGUUUUGCACUGCCUGCUGUCUCAAUAUUGAGAUGACUCAAUCUAGUGUGAUCGGUGUAACUGAUAGCGGGAGACAGGAUUAAACCCAAUUCUUAGUAGCUACAAAACUUUCUUAGCCAGGGUCUCUCCCCAGAAGCUGAAAACUCUACAACCUGGCUGAACAACUCCGCAUCUUCUGCUCAAAGUUCAUCCUGUUUUGUCGUCCGUCCUUUGCGUUAAGAUCAAAGCCGACGUUGGAGUCUGCUGGAACAGGGGACACAGGAAGCGCCACCUCGGCUCUCCAUUACCGUAAUAAUGGGCGAGGGGCAGGCAGCCAGAGGAUCGCAGCGUGCCCCACAGCGUCAGUGUGACAGAGUGCAGGGACGAAGAUGAAUGGCCAGCACAGGCUGUAACUUAGCGAUCUCUCUACACUUCAGCUGCUGCCCGCUGCGGCUCGGAAAUGGAUAUGCUGUGUGAAGAAAACACUUCUUUGAGCUCCAUGAACUCUUUAAUGCAAUUAAGCGAUGACACAAGGCUCUACAGUAAAGACGUUUCCUCCGGAGAAGCCAACACUUCCGAUGCAUUUAACUGGACAGUAGACUCCGAAAACCGCACCAACCUUUCCUGUGAAGGGUGCCUCUCACCACCAUGUUUCCCCUUCCUCCGUCUCCAGGAAAAAAACUGGUCUGCUUUAUUGACAGCUGUAGUGAUCAUCCUAACCAUUGCUGGGAACAUCCUCGUCAUCAUGGCUGUGUCCCUAGAGAAAAAGCUGCAGAACGCCACCAACUAUUUCCUGAUGUCACUUGCCAUAGCCGAUAUGCUGCUGGGGUUCCUAGUCAUGCCCGUGUCCAUGUUAACCAUCCUCUACGGGUACAGGUGGCCUCUGCCCAGCAAGCUCUGUGCAGUCUGGAUUUACUUGGAUGUACUCUUCUCCACGGCCUCCAUCAUGCAUCUCUGUGCCAUCUCACUUGACCGCUACGUGGCCAUCCAGAAUCCCAUCCACCACAGUCGCUUCAACUCCAGAACGAAGGCCUUUCUGAAGAUCAUUGCCGUUUGGACCAUCUCUGUAGGUAUAUCCAUGCCAAUACCAGUCUUUGGGCUACAGGAUGAUUCCAAGGUCUUCAAAGAGGGGAGUUGCUUACUCGCCGAUGACAACUUUGUCCUGAUUGGCUCUUUUGUGUCCUUUUUCAUCCCCUUGACCAUCAUGGUGAUCACCUACUUUCUAACUAUCAAGUCGCUCCAGAAAGAAGCUACUUUGUGUGUGAGUGAUCCAGGCACGCGUGCCAAGUUAGCUUCCUUCAGCUUCCUCCCUCAGAGCUCCCUGUCUUCAGAAAAGCUCUUCCAGAGGUCGAUCCACCGGGAGCCAGGAUCCUACGCAGGCAGGAGGACGAUGCAGUCCAUCAGCAAUGAGCAGAAGGCUUGCAAGGUGCUGGGCAUCGUCUUCUUCCUGUUUGUGGUGAUGUGGUGCCCCUUCUUCAUCACUAACAUCAUGGCCGUCAUGUGCAAGGAGUCCUGCAACGAAGCCGUCAUCGGGGCCCUGCUCAACGUGUUCGUUUGGAUCGGGUACCUCUCCUCAGCCGUCAACCCGCUGGUCUACACACUGUUCAACAAGACCUAUAGGUCGGCCUUUUCGCGGUACAUCCAGUGUCAGUACAAGGAGAACAAGAAACCAUUGCAGUUAAUUUUAGUGAACACUAUACCAGCCUUAGCCUACAAGUCUAGUCAACUCCAAAUGGGACAAAAAAAGAAUUCAAAGAAAGAAGCCAAGAUGACAGAUAAUGACUGCUCUAUGGUUGCUCUAGGAAAACAACAUUCAGAUGAUGCUUCGACAGACAAUAUCGACACAGUGAAUGAAAAGGUUAGCUGUGUGUGACAGACUGGUUGCCAUGGCAACCGUGGAGGGCACGCUGAGCAAAUUUUCACCUAUCUGGGGAAACAAGUAUUAGGAAGACUGGAGAAAAAAAAAAAAGACUGGAGAAAAAAAAAAAUCCGUCUAGUGGAACCAACAAUAAUAUGUGUAUGCUUCAUUUUAUUCUGUCAGUGAAAAGCAGGGUUAAAUGCCACAAAGCACUUCAAAAAUGUCCUGGCAGCAUUUCAGCUGUGAGCUUUAUGAGACUUAUUUUUAACAUUGUAAAUGAUACAGCUUUAAAAUAAUUAGCUUUUAUUGUAUAAUUAUAAUGAGGCCCUGAAUAAAUCUACGUUAACGUCCAUUGUCAAGUGGACACCUUGCUACUAUGUUGUUAACUGAUGGCAUGGGAUUUGUUGGUUAUCUAUUCCUGUAAAUAAAAAUAGCUAUAAAUAAUGAACAAUUUGUUCAAUAUAGUGGCCUCUUAAAUAAGGAAAAUUUCUAUUUAAAACUGACCAUGACAUAUAUUUUGAAAGGAAAAAAAAAAAAGAAAAAAGAACAGCGUCAUAAAAUCCAUAUUGCUAAGACAAUUAAGUGAAAUACUUGACAACAUUUUCCUUCCUGCUUUCUCACAGAAGCCAUUUUGAAACAGUCACACAGUUGCUGGCAUUUGCUGCAUUUCGAGUUCAUUCUUCUCAGAAGUGAAAAAAGAUUUUAGAUGUUACUGAAUAAUUAUUGCUGCUUUCUCUUCUACUUCUUGUGCUAUACUAUGAAUUUCCAAUGUGGUCUUGUUUAAUAUUUGUUCUUCUGUGUAACCUAUCAGAAGGAUAAUUUAAAAUUAUCCACUAUAUUUCUAGAAAUUGCUGCUCUCAAACAGCACCUUAGAGGUAUUUGGUAAGUUGCUGUGAAAUGACUGCAUGCCCUCCUUUGAGCAGUGAACAAUAUGUUGAUGUAACUGCAUCAGGAUUGAGGAAUAAACUCAGGUUUCUGGCUGUUGAUGGUAGCGGAGUCCUGGGACGUCUCUAUAAAGAGUGGGAGACUUUCCCAUGGACAUUCAUCAGGUACAUUGAUGCUUUCAGGUUAAUCAACUUAUAUUAUUUAUUAAAAUCAUUUGACUUGGUUUCACAGUCAUCUGUUGAGUGUAUAUUUAUGUGUAAAGCAAUUUUCCAGAUAUUGGGGAUAUAAAAAUAAAACAAGAUCCUUAUGUAUAAGGGAAAUGACGACACUGGAAUAAUCCUUGUCAAAAAACUAUACACGGGCUUAUUUUGAGAAUCAUUUUAAUAUAUUUCCUUCUUACUUGGCCCAGAAAUAGCUUUGUUUGCACUCUGAGGGUAGUUAUCUCAAUAUUGGUUACCAGUGAAUGCCAACCAAAGAAAGAAGAAAGAAAACAUCACUUGGGGUCAAAUCAAACAUUGCAAUUAAUUUAGAAAUACGCCCCUUAGUCAGUACCCAACCUAUGACUGCUAAAGUUUUGGUCAAAGAUUUUGUUUCAUCUCUCUAAAACAUUUGUUUUAGUUUAACACAGUGACACUGAACUCACCAAUAAAGAAGUAAAUAAACCUAAUGUUUUAUAGAAAAAUGUUACUAAAGAGAAAAAGUAACUGACAGGAGUUAAUUCACCCUGAUACAGUCACACAUUGUUAUUGGAAUAGAUAUUAGAUAUAUGAUUAUAAUGCUGAAGCAUUUCUACUAAAUGCAAAAUAGUUUUUUCCUAAAGCCUGUGGUAAAAUUUACAGAUUUGAAAAAUAAAUAACAGAGGAAUUACCAUUGUGUAGUUUGGAAUUGCAUCAGGGCUAUCCUAAUUAUGUCCUCAUGGACACACUGAAAGUUGGUUCACUAUCUGAAAGCUCGCAUAUGUUAUAUGUCACUACUACCAAGACUGUAUAUGAACUGAACUACUGAAGAAAUACAAAGGAUAAAAAGUCUUUGCUGCAUUUUGCCUUAGUUUAUAACUCUGCACAUUUCAUUAUACAUCAGAGAAAAAUAACAGAUUCUACCCCCAUAUGUAUUAAAUCUUGACAGAAUGAACCUUGCCUGACAGAAGUCUUUGGACUACAUAUAUUACAAAUGUGUUUGUGUUUCUUUCUCUUCAUAAGUAUCUAUUCAAGUGUAUAUAGACAAAUGUGUAUCUGUAUAUAUGUACAGACAUGUUCCCAUGCACUUUAUUCAAUAUUUAUAUAUUUAUGUGGAGAGAGAGCAAUCAAUGAAGACACUCAGCAUAUACACAUGUGUGCAUGUUUGUAUCAUGUCCAUUCAAAUGUGAAUUAAUGUUCUAAUAUUGCUAGGACCUUCCAUUGCUAUCAAAGCAGAUUCAAGAGGAACAACGAUAUCAACCUUUGAAAUAAACAAAUAAACUGGAAGUCAAUCUAAUUUUGUGGAAAGGCUUUUUAACACAAUUCUGUGCAGUGGUGCAAACAAUGGUCCACAUAUAGUUUAUUGAUCUUAAAUAAAAUGGUAUCUUGAGCCCUUUGUUUUACCUGGGGACUUUCUAACAUGGUUUUUAAAAAACACUCUUCACACAUGUGAAAUAUGUUCCUCAAAUGAUUUAUGGAUCUGUGAUGAAUGGAUUCACUCCUAGUCAGUACCAUUAAACCAGAGUAACAAAUCUUACUCUGUUUUAACUUGAAUGAUAAAUUCUUCCACACUUAAAGAAAGGAAUUAAAUGCUAUCAUCGGGGGAAAACUCACAGUUUAAAGCAUAAUCUACUUGGCCACAGUGCCAUCUCAUGGUCAUUUUUUAAAGUGCUACUGUAGCCAAAUUGAACUCAAAAAAUUACCAUACUGCUUUUAGCAAAGGGUGCUUCUCCCAUUUGUGCAUCAAUGAAACAUAUUUAUACAAUGUUAACUUAUUAUGUGCCAUAUGUAACAA